AUGCCUGUCUCGUCCCGUCUUCGCUCUGCCUUCCGGCGCAGGGCCACCGACGAGUCCAUCACCCCGGUCGCUGUCGCUGAGACCCAGCAGAGCAAGACUGAUGCCUCUCCUGAGUCUGGUGUCCAGCUGCAGGCGACCGAUGUCAAGCCCGAGGAUGAGCGUCCAACGGAGAACACCCAGCGUGGUGUCCAGGGCGUCGAGGCCGUCACCCUCACCUGGUCGAAGCGGACCCUGAUUGCAGUCUUUGUCAACAUCUGGCUUCUCUAUUUUGUCAAUGCGAUGCAGUCCAACAUCAUCAACAACCUCACGCCGUACAUUACCAGUCAAUACGAAUCGCACUCGCUGCUCAACACGAUCUACAUCGUUGCCGAUUCCAUCUCAGCUGCCAUCUUCAUCCCUCUUGCCAAAGUGAUGGACGUCUGGGGUCGAGCGGAGGGAUUCCUGAUGAUGACCGUCCUGGCCACGGCUGGUUUGAUUAUGAUGGCUGGAUGCCACAACCUGCCUACCUUUUGCGCUGCAUAUGUGUUUUAUACAAUCGGGUUCGGCGGCAUGACAUACUGUGUGGAUGUCAUCACCGCCGACGCGUCGCAGCUGAAGAAUCGAGGGCUGGCCUACGCCUUUACUUCCUCGCCCUAUAUCAUCACUGCCUUUGCUGGCCCCAAGGCAGCUGAUGACUUCUACAACAAGUACAACGACUGGCGAUGGGGCUUUGGCACAUUCGCCAUCAUCUUCCCCAUUGUCGCCGCGCCUCUGUACAUCAUGUUCAAGCUCAACAUGCGCAAGGCAAAGAAGCAGGGCCUGCUUGUCAGGGAAUCCAGCGGCCGCACGCUACUGCAAAACAUCAAGCACUAUCUUAUUGAGUUUGACGCAUUCGGCGUCCUCGUUUUCUCCGCCGGUCUCGUCGUCUUCUUCCUCCCCUUCGAAAUCGCCGAGCAGGCCCCCAAUGGCUGGGCCACCGGAUACAUCAUCGCCAUGAUCGUCGUCGGCGUCGUGAUGCUGGCCAUCUUCAUCCUGCACGAAACAUACACGGCGCCAGUGCCCAUGCUCAACUUCCAGAUCCUCAAAGACCGCACCGUCAUCGGCGCCUGUCUCCUCGACGCCACAUACCAGAUCUCCUACUACUGCUGGUUCAACUACUACACCUCCUUCCUCCAGAUCGUCAACAACCUCACCCUCGCGGAGGCCGGCUACGUCAGCAACACCUUCGACGUCGUCUCGGGCGUCCUCCUCCUGCUAGUCGGAUAUCUCAUCCGCCGCACCGGCCGCUUCAAGUGGCUCCUCUACAUCGCCGUCCCGCUCUACAUCUUCGCCCAGGGACUGAUGAUCUACUUCCGCCGCCCCAACCAAUCCGUCGGAUACCUGGUAAUGUGCCAGAUCUUCAUCUCCAUCGGCGGCAGCAUCUUCAUCAUCAUCGAGCAGCUCGCCAUUCUCGCAGCCGUGGACCACCAGCACGUCGCGACGGCCCUGGCCGUCCUGAACGUCGUCGGCACCGUCGGCGGUGCAAUGGGCAGCACGAUCUCUGGUGGUAUUUGGACGAAUACAUUCAGGAAAGCACUGGCGCGGGAUUUACCUGCGGCUGCGAUGCCGGAGCUUGAUACGAUCUAUGAGGAUCUGGAUACGCAGAGGGAGUAUGCGGUUGGGUCCCCGACGCGGCUGGCUAUACAGAAUGCGUAUGGGUAUGCGCAGACGAGGAUGUUGGCUGCGGGGACGGGGAUUAUGGUUCUGUGUUUCUUGUGGACGCUGCUGAUCAGGAAUAUUGACCUGAAGAAGGUGGCGCAGGUUAAGGGG